AUGCCGACCGUUGUUCAUGCUGAGUCGGGGUUGAACCUCACCCAUGUCCUCACGCAAGAUGAAAUUGACGAAAAAGCAUGGAAAUACACUGGAUAUAGAGGAUUUACGAAUUUUGUGGCAUCAGAUCCAGACUUCUUCGUCGUUCGUCGGUUUGACACACUCAAUGCCCGAGUCCUGUUAACCCUACAGGAUCAUCUGUCAGCUCUUGAGGAACGCUUGAGCAAAUUGGAUGAGAAGUAUUAUGCAAAGAGCGCUGAAGAUGUCAAUAAUGGAAGCAUCAGAGACGAUCAAUCAGACCGGGCAGCCUUGACGAUGGAAAUAUGCGAUAAGCUUAAGGACUAUAGUAAGUAUAUUUUUGCAUCAUCCAUCAAACUCCCGAGAGUCGUGUCACCAGUUAUUGAUGAGAUAGACGAAAUCCUACUAGCGCACUCUGAACUACGCUCGCGAGGUCCUGCAUCUGCCCAUAUAAUCUCUAACGUGAAUAACUGGUUUCAUAACAACGACGGGGCAAUCAUGGAGGAAGAAAGGCGCUUCAUCACCCAUAAGGAAGACCUCAUAAAUGUCACCAACUCUGAUAAAGCCUCCAUGCGUCGUUUUCUGGAAACUCAUAUCGUCUUCCGUUUUCAUUGGCUAUGGAAGAAGGACCUCCCUUCUGAUAUACGGGAAGUCGAUAGAAAAGUCCGGAGAUAUGCAGAUGAUAAUCGGAUCGAUUUCAUCACAACCAUUGCGCUAUCGAUCAUUGGCAUGCUCAUGCUCAUUGCACCUAUCUGGAUCCUUGCGGCCAUUAAGGCGCCAUACACUAAGUUAGGGGUCAUCACAGCAUUCAUAGUGAUAUUUCUAGUGACCGUUUCAUACGCCACAGUAGCAAAGCCAUCAGAAACCUUAGCUGCUACCGCUGCGUAUUCGGCUGUUCUAAUGGUAUUCUUGCAACUCGGCAAUGCUGAUUCCUCGUCUCCAGGAUGAAGAUGUGUAGAAAAUGGGUGGUGGUACAGGUCCAAUGCGGGGCAACGGCGCUGUAUCUCAGAAGGUCACGCUAGAGUCAGCAAGGAGUAAUAGGAAUAGUCCCUUUAAAAGAGCUAAAAUACAUCGCAAGUUAAGAUGUACUUUCCAUUUCGAAAAAGGGAGGAAGAAAAUAUAAGGACAGAAUAUUUGCUAUGGAUUCAAUCUCUUCAUCUUAGUCUACGAAGUUGGUAGGUGAAGAACAUCAUCUCCAUGGCUGCCAACUCGUACCACGUUUCCACCGCAGUACACUAAAUUUAUAGCGCGAAUCUCAAGCAUCUAUCGUUUUUUAUUC